GGCGGAUAAUUCUGGACCAUUACUGUGCUCUGACGGCAUUCUGCAUAAGUAAACCCCACUAUACCCCGCGAUAGAAGCUGCUUUUGGCCGACAAAAGAUUAUUUUGCAACUUAGCUGUUUACCUACCACCUAAUACACCUAGGCUACCUGGUAUUUUGUCGCAAAUCGGCAUUCCGCACCUAAAUAUCCCUCACGAUCAACUACGAUUCCAUCAUGGACGAAAUCACCAAGAUGUCCGGACCUGUUCCGAACAACUUCGAUGCGGACAACGCAGAUAACUUGGAGGAUAUCGAGAAGCAGUUUGCGGUCAAAGCGGUCCAGCAUCUCGAGACGUACUGGGCCAUCCUGCAAAAGGUCAAAGGCUCCUCGUUGCGACUCACGAAGAUGGACGACGAAAUAUACGAGCACCUCAAAGCCGACUUCCCCGAGUUCGACCCCGCCGCUACCAUCGACGAAGAAGAGAUGAAGAGCAAGUCGGGCAAGGAGCGGUGGCGCAAAUUCAUGAUGGCCUACGAGAAGAAGAUCGACGACUACAACUUUGGCACCAUGCUACGAACGAGCCCCGACGUAGAAUACGAGCAGGACACAACGAUAUUCGUUCCGAGGAUGCAAUUCUACGCGGUCGAGAUAGCAAGGAACAGGGCCGGCCUUAACGAUUGGAUCUACGAGAAGGCUCAAAAGGAGGGCAAGCAGUAAGGUAAAACAUGUAAAAAUAAGGAGAAAUUUCGGUCUCUCGCUACAUCCCACGACCGCUGCAUCCCACGAUCGCUGCAUCCCACGACUGCUAUACGAGGACAA